GCCAGUGCUCGCAACAAGUGUUUUAACGUUCUUAGAGAAAGUAUGCGGAUAAGUGGGCAGUUACUCCGAUCGAGGGCUCAUAGCCCGCUCCAGUCACUGGAAUAUUUAGACUUGUCAAAUUUGGAAAUUGUUGCCAUUGAAAAGUUGAACCUGUGUCCAAAACUUCAAACUCUUAUAUUGCGAGGAAAUACCAUCAGUGAGGUAGAAAACCUGUCAUACUGCAGUCAGUUAUGGAAACUGGAUCUCGGCAACAAUAAGGUGAAGUGUUUAGACGGUUUGUCAUCUUUUGUGGCAAUUGGUACACUUACUUUGUCAAACAAUGAUCUGACAUGGCAAGAACUGGCCAAAGUUCGGCACCUACACAUCCUGGAUCUGAGUCUCGAUGGGAACCCACGGCUGGAUAAGGACCCUUAUUAUCGUCUUCAUGUCAUUGACUGUCUGCCUAAUGUUUGGAUGUUGGAUGGUCGCAUUAUCUCAUCUGCAGAGCGACUCCAGGUUGAGUACUUCUUCCAAGACUCCGCCCUGGCAGACCAUCCAGUGAGACACAAAUUGUCCAAGGAGCAGUUUGUUCCAACAUCGAUGCAGAACAUCCAUGUGAAUGGUGUCUACGGCGAUAGGACCACGCACAUGUGGAGAAGAUUUCCAGCAAAUGGACCUCUGAAUAUAGAUAUUGACUACAGGAGACUGAAGUACGUUAGUUUCACAGUGCAAGAGGAUUUGACAUUAGAGGACAGAUACAGCGGGCGAAAUUUGAAGAUUUUGAAGCACAGCCAUAACUUCCUUGAAGAACUCUUGAAUGUGCGAGACCAAGACAAAGAAAGAUCCAAUAUGUUACUCUUACUGUUGGUGGCUUCGCUCGAGUUUGCUUUACCUACACAACUAGUCCAAAAGUCAUUAGAUACUGCUAAACUAGCAAAGAUGGGGAAAGUAUUGACAAUGGAUUUGUUCCUCCUUCCUCGUGAUAUAAGGUGCUGCAUUGUCUCAAUUCUGAUUAGUGCUGUCAAGCUGGACAAAGACAAUGGGCAGGAAGGUGGGUUAUACAACAAGUUAUACCUCUGCCUAUACUACACUGUCUCUGAGCUGAUCAAACUACAACAUGCUGACCGCAUAGCAAAGAAGUCACCCAAGAGGGACAAGCCAGAAAAUCCGCUAUAUGAUGACUACAAAAGUCUACUUGCAUCUGAAGUUGUGCAGCUCCUAUGUAUUGUACCAGUCUUCUUUGAUUAUAUCGAUAAAGAUGUUGGUGUUAUGAAUUUGAUAUGCACUGCCACUGGUGACAUGCAGAUGAUAGACAAGUUAUCAAGAUUAGUCGAACAGAUUCCUAACACGCUGGACACAAAGAGGGUGUAUGAACAGAUAGCUGAGCAUCUUUUAAAAGCCAUGCAGUAUCAUGCAUCAAAGCUCUUCACAAGGACUUACAAAAAUUUCAAAAUGGACAAACAUCUCACGGCAAAAGCACUUCCAAAGCGACCUCAGUCGACCCCGCUCCAUUCUGCAGACUUUCUCUCAGUGGGCCAGAGCAUCCCUGACAGGAAGCGAGUACAAAGUAGCAAGACCACCAAGCAGGAGUUAUCAAAACCACCAGAUAUUGGUGACCGGUUGCUGCUCGGACCGCAGAAUGUGGGGAGAAUUGUUUCCCUCCCGGAGCUGGAUAUUGCCUUGGUUCAGAUGGAUGUCAUUCCUACUGCAAACGGGUCUAUGGUUAGCACAGUGAAGAACUCUGAUGAGCACUUUACGUAUGUAGACUUAAAACAUGUUCGAUGGGAUCCACAAUCAGGUUUCUGGCGACCUCUCAACACAGUCGGGGACAGGAUCACCAUUCAAAGCAUUGAUGAAGAAGAGGAUGAAGUAGAUGAUGAUGUCACGCCACGUCCAGCAUCACCUGCUUCAACAACUGCGUCCUCAGCGAAGACUCUUAGCAUUGUGAAAAAUCCACCACCGAUGUUGAAAAAUACGGAAAGGAAGGAUAAGUCCAAGGAGAAUCCUAGACCAAUGAGUGCAACGCUGGCAGAGAAACUGGACCUCAAGCUAGAAAUCGAACCCCGUGCUCUGGUAACUCCUCGGCCGUUUUCUCGGGAAUCAAGAUCUUAUCAUCAGCGGGAAAGCCCAGUGAAUGACCAGGGCAAUUUGUACGACUCUGUCAAGAGCGCUGUAGGAAACGUCACAGCUAGAAUGUCCAAACCUGAGAAUGCUACAAUGCAGGCAGUAAAGGAGGGUCGUACUGGUGCUAGCUGGUCUACAAAACAGUUCUAUAGUGAAUUAUCGGCCAAGGAUGCUGCAUCUAAGGAGAGAGUAAAAAGUGGAAAGUCAAAUAUUACAGAUGUAAUAUUGCCUCAAGAAUCAGAUGAAAGUCGUUCAUUUGACCCAAGCUUAGCUGAUGAAGAUGAACCAGAGUUGACAGGCCUACUCUCUGACCAUUCUCGGCCGGGAACUGCCCAUAAGAAAGAUACAGACCCGGAAGGCCGAGCUCCUGCAUCAUCUCCUAUUGAGGUACCGAUUGCAGAAGAGGCGUCAGUAAACGGUCACAAGUCAAAUUCAACACUUGAGAAAGAAAACAAUGCGCAGACGACAGUCACCGCUGAGGGAUCUUGGUCUAAGGUUGAGCAGCAGAAAAACCAUCAGAAUGACGUUGUUGAUGUACCGCUACAUGUGGCUUUUGGUUCGUCGUCCGCUAAAUCCAAACAGAGGAGAUAUCCAUCUAGUCAUAGGGGCCUUGUGCCAGCAUCUGCAAGACCUUUGAGUGCUGUGGAUGCUUACCAGUACAUUCUAUCACGGUCACAGAGAAGUGAAGAGGAGUUUGUCUACAGGACAGACUAUCAGCAAGAGAGAACAGAUGCCUGGAAACGAUCAACAAGGACGAGUCCUGUUCCCAGGAUGGGAGGUCGGAAUGCAGGUGUGCCACCACAAAGACCUACUUCACCCACUAAGAGUGAAGAUAGAGGUUCUGCUGGACCAAUCAAUUUAAAAUUCGGUGAUAAAUGGCUUGGUGGGGGCCGUGAUCUUUAUUAUGAAGAAUACUUGAAGCGGCCCAAGUCAGUUCAUGUACCCGGCUGGAAGGAAGGGAACUCUCUUUUAGCACGGCCUAAAUCUGCUGCAGCUAUCUCAAGAAAUUCAAACAAACAUUCGAAGACACCAAUGUUGAUGACCUCAGCUUUUGUUCCAAGUUCCUCAUUCCCAUGCCCAAUAAAUCCAAACCUUCAGACGUCAAUCCCAGAACUACGUGAAUAUCAUCCGCCAUCUCCCAGCCAGAGUGUUCGAAGGUUCAGAGUAAGCUUUCUGGAUGUGGAUACUAUUAUUGAUGAUUGAAUUUUGAGUUCAUAUUCUAUUGCGUGGUACACCAAAACACUUUUUUAGCAUGUUGCCUUUGCCCCCUCCAUUCAUAAAUGAAUUCCACAGAUAUCAAUAAGAUGUCCGGAGCAUGAGAUAUCCUUCCUUAAUAACUGACCUGACCAAUGAAUGACUAUUAAUAUCGUCUUCUGCUAUAUGACUUUUUGCAUAAUUUUCUGAUGACCUUACCCUUUGUAGUGGCAUGAACCUGGGGUAAAAUUGUCUAGAUUGUUGAGAGUGAUAGUUUCUGGUUGUCUUGCUGUAAAUAAGUGUAUAUUUAUGUAAUCUGUGUUUUGCAGAUGCACAUCCACUGCUUGUCUGUAACCACAUUGAAUGCCAACUCUUAUUACACUAAUCCCCUGAACUACAUUAUGUGUCAAGUUAUUUUUGAAGUGGGUCUGACAUUGGAUGACAUACUUUAAACUUGACUUGAGGCCUAGUGUGGAACAACGAGUAAGUGGCAGCAUCCAGCACCAUUAGUUCCUCCCUUGCACCCACUGCUUCUUCAUCCAGGUUUGCUUGUAACCACCGUGAUGAAUUAACCCUUCCUUCUGCAACCAUGGGGCAACCUGUAACCAGGGUGAUGGGUAACAUGCUUGUAAAUACUGGCACGUUUUUGAUGACCAGAGCACAAGUCUUACAAGCACCUGUUUUUAAAGCAAGGUAAUGUGACAUUCGACUUGUAGCUUGUCUCCCCCUUGCGGUCGGGCAAGAUUCAUAUCUUGGCUGCAGUUUGAAGGCGAUUUAUUUUUCACUUUACAAUACUUUACCAAAGUCAAAUAAUAACCGUGUGAUAAUGUGACUAUGAAUUAUGGAAGUUGUAAACCAACUCUUGGCUCACCAGUUGUGGCACUAUCAGCUUGUACAUUGAUGCAUUGCUGACUUGGUGGAUUUAUCUGUUUUGGAAGAAUGGAUAUUUUUAGAAAUCUUAUUGAUGGUCAGCACCACAUUGCUACUUACGUCAAGAUUAUAACAAUAGAUUUCCUUUACAGUUACAGGUACAGCGCACCCCCUAUUGCCAAGAGGUCACUGCCCCUACAGAGCAUCGGUGUUGUAUGUUUGGACUGUACCCAUGCGGACCAGAACCACCAUCACAAUCCGGGU